GGAAACGUGGCGUUGCUAUGACGUUUUAUCGGUUAAAAAUAGUCUAGUGAAAUAUUCAAUAGUAAAUGUUAAUUUUUUCACUCUCGUUUACGUAAUGGCGAAUGCAAUUGCUUUGAAUGAUCAAGAACAGUUUGCCGAGUUUAAACAAAAGUUCCAGAAAUCUUACGAAUCUCCAGAGGAGGACAAAAAUAGGUUUAAAAUAUUCCAAGAAAAUUUACGAAAAAUAGAAGAGCACAAUAAAAAGUAUGAAAAAGGUGAAACGACAUAUACUAUGGGUAUAAAUCAAUUUUCCGAUAUGUCUCCUGAAGAAUGGGCUAAUAAAAACCAUGGAUAUAGACCAAGACCAAAUCAUCAAUAAUACAAAAUAUAAUUACAUUUUUUAAUGGAAAUUACCAUAUCUUACCAAUUGGACAAAAUGAAAGAGGUAUACUUCUUAUUUUAUUAUCUUAUUUUGAAAUGAAAUGUUCUGUUCCCACUUUAAUUAAACCAAAAACCAAAUUUAUUAUUGAUGUACUCCACAUAUUUUAAUAAAUAUUAACAUAUAUAUUGUUAUGAGUAUUAUUUUAUAAAUAUCUUG